GGCUGUGAAACAUCCAGUUCAGCUGCUCUGGUUGAGUGCUUAAGAGAACAAACAGAGGAAGAGAUAGAACAGAUAACGCUAAAAAUGGAUAUGACAACACUGAAGCUAUGCUAUACCCCAUCUGAAAAUUGUGAACAGACGUCCAUGUUCAUCAGUUCAUAUGUUGAUGGUGUAUUUUUUCCGAAGAGUCCCAGUCAAUUACUGUCUGAAAAAGCAAUCAAUGCAGUCCCGUAUAUGAUAGGAGUAAAUAACUGUGAAUUUGGAUGGGUAAUUCCUAAAAUGAUGAAAUUUCCUGAUUUUAGAGACGGUCUGGACAAAGAAGUUGCCCGUCAAAUAUUACAGAGCUCGUUUGCAUUAUCCUUUAAGAAUGUUACUUCUGUCACUGUUGAUCUCAUAUUCGGUGAAUACAUGGGAAAAGCAGAGAGCCGUGCUCAGGUGCGAGAUGGCCUUCUUGAUGCAUUAGGAGAUCACGUGUUUGUUUUCCCAUCCGUUGAAGUGGCUAGAUACCAUAGAGAUGCUGGACACCCAGUCUACUUUUAUGAAUUUCAGCAUCGACCAAGCUCAGCCACAGGUGUCGUGCCAGAGUUUGUAAAAGCUGAUCAUGGAGAUGAGAUUGCCUUUGUGUUUGGAAAGCCGUUCUUAGCUGGGAAUGCUACCGAAGAAGAAGAUAAACUUAGCAGAACUGUUAUGAAAUACUGGACUAACUUUGCUAGAAAUGGAAAUCCCAAUGGGGAAGGCUUGGUACAUUGGCCUCAGUAUGAUCUGGAUGAAGGAUACCUGGAGAUAGACGUAACACAAAAGGCAGCAAAGAAACUGAAAGAACACAAAAUGGAGUUUUGGGCACAGCUCACAGAACAAAUGAGGGGUGAAAGAAGGAGAGAGCGCACAGAUUUGUGAGAGCUGCAGAGGGUACGUUUUCCCUUUACAGCCUGAACUAAGGUGAAUAUUCAUUUGUCAGAACGCAGAUUUUAAUCUUGACUUUCUAACUCACUGAUGUCUAAUUUGUUGUCAUGAUCACAGGAAAACUUCCCCUGAUUCUCUCCUGUAGUGAAAAGGGAGAAUCAAGGGAAGUGCAAAGUGUACAUGGAAAUAAAAAUCAAUAAUGAAGCAAGCGGGAAUAGAAACCAGUCUUUCAGGUUCAAACUGACCACGGUAUCCAAGGGGAAAUGGGCGAGUAUAUUGAAAUCCAUAAGAAAUGAUGUUUACGGGAUAUGUCAUAGGUGUCAGAAUAUGUUGUAUUUUCAUUCCACCCUUCUUUAUCAAGAGAGUCCUU